AUGGUGCAAAAGAUGUACUUAGAUGAAGCUUGUAGAGGGAGAAGCGUGGCGGGUUUGUUCACCUCGCUCGGGCGAGCUCGGGCGUGCUCGGGCGGGCUCGGGGGGCUGCGGCGCAGGGCGCGCGCGCGUGCCCGGCCGCUUCGCCAUUGCGACGGGGGUUGUCGUGUGUCGGCGCUGGCCCGUGCGAGCGCUCGUCCCGCGCCGCGACCUGAACGUGCGAGCACCCGUGCCGGAUACACACACCGCCGCGCACACACGCCCUCGCCGAGCCCCGGGAGUGCAAGCCCCACCAGCCCGCCGCCUACCGGUGCCCGGACGCGCAGUGCAUGUGCCCCCACCGCUCGUGGCUCAGUGAAACGAUCCCCGGGACCGGCGAUCGUGGCGCGAUGUAAAGGAGCCGCGACCGUGAACUCAUGUGUAAGUCGGUGCGGGGCGGUGAGCGGAGGCACCCACUGGCAAUAUGGCCGCGCCCACCAGCUGAUAGCAUGCGGGCGGCGGCGCGCCGGCCCGCCCCGACCUAGCCGAUCGCAACACGAGCGCCACAUUCACGGGUGCGCUGGAGGGCGGCCCUCUGGGCGGCGGCGGUGGCGGCGGCGCGCUCGGCGCGCUGCGUGCGGCCGGCUCGCCGCCCGCGCCCAGCCUCGGCGCCAGCCGGCACAGUCUCAUAGGUACACGUCCACCCCCUUCGGUGCACCCAACAAGUCGCCGUUCAUGUUAAAUGUC